AAACAGUAUUUUAGCAGUAAGCGUCGCGACACUGUAACAACCGAGUUGGCUCUGCGCGCUCGUUUAUCUCGAAAAAAGCUACGACGCCGGCGGAGGCGGCGGUGCGUUCCUUCGUGUCCGGUAUCGUCGGUUUAAAAUCUGCGGUGAUCCUGGUCCUUUUUUGGGCGGCGGUGUCAUGUAAGAAACCAUCAUAAUCGACACACGACGACCCUCUCUGACCGAUCAGUCUUUGUUACCAGAUCAUGCAGUCUACGCCUAUGCUAAGCCCCUCGAGUACAGAUUCGACGCCAAAGAGAGAUUGGAAACAGAGGCUCAGCCUCAGGGACCACAGGAAACGAGACUUGGAUUCUUCGACACUGAAGCGGGGUAUUGGUCGGCGAUGGACUAGCUUGAAACAACAUCCAAAAAUACUCUCAGACUCAACGGAUAGCGCAACUGGGACUACGACCCCAUUAUCGACACCAUCAUCAACAGCGAAUACCAGCCCUUUGCCCGCAUCGGUGUCGGAAAAUGUCCGGAAAAGCAAUUGGCAAGUCAUCGAGCAUUUCGGGUCAAAAGACAAGGGCAGUUUAUCGUCCAGCCUCAUUGCUGUCGGUAGUGUCACUAGGUCAUCUCCGAAUCAUCGGACAAAUGGGUCGGCGCCGAAUUCUAGCCCCGACGUCGAUGGCGCUGUCGAGGACGACCUGCUCGUCUCGACGACCUCCAGGCAGACGUCGGGCGUUUUCGGCAAGCUGUUUAGGUUGCUGAAGAAACUCUGCAGUACUCACCAGUUUAGAAACGAACAAGUCGAAAUGUUAUACCAAAGAUAUUUUCUCAAAAUGAACCAAAGCAAUAUGACGAAUCUGAUAUCGUUGCUGUUGUUGCUCUGCAUUGGAUUUCUAUUAUUGGGAGCGACUGAUUUUCUGAUUCCCCGCUCAGCGGAAUCAGCAUCGGCGUUCGAAAACUCCAAUCGGUUAGAUAAAUUAGUCGUACUUAUGUGUACUUCCGCCUGUUGCAUUGCUAUCUAUGGAGUGUUACUCACAGUUGUUUCCAAACCGACUAUGAAUGAGGUCUACCUGAUAAUCAUCUCCUAUUUUAUUUUAGUAACUUUUUUGACCUUAGAGAUUUGCAUCUCGGUAUUUUUCGAAGAUGACAGGGCGCUGGUUGGGACAGCAUUCGCUGUUGUGUCGACAUAUUUGACAUACGCGCUGAUGCCAAAUCGACUUAAAGACGCGGUUCUAUCCGGAUCGAUAUUAGCAACCACAGAAAUCUUUCUAUUGGUCUACGUAGGAAAACUACUCAGUUUCUCCGACAUCAUCAGUAACCUGAUAAUUCUCUUAUGUGCCAACAUGGCAGGCAUCUGCACUCACUAUCCGCGAGAAGUAGCCCAGCGAAAAGGGUUUUUGGAGACCAGACAUUGCAUAGAGUCUAGAUUAAAGAUUCAAAGAGAGAACCAGCAACAGGAAAGGCUGCUCUUGUCGGUUUUGCCGCGCUACGUUGCUAUGGAGAUGAAAGCUUACAUAGCGGGACAGCCGAAGGAAGAACAAUUCCACAAAAUUUAUAUUCAACGUCACGAAAAUGUGAGCAUCCUGUUCGCUGAUAUAUGCGGAUUCACGACCCUAUCCGAUCAGUGUACCGCCGAAGAGCUGGUCCGAAUUUUAAAUGAACUAUUUGCUCGAUUCGACAAAUUGGCAGCGGAACAUCACUGUCUCCGUAUCAAACUUCUUGGCGAUUGCUAUUACUGUGUGUCCGGAUUACCCGAAGCUAGACCGGACCACGCCCACUGUGCGGUCGAGAUGGGCCUGGAUAUGAUCGAUGCUAUAGCGUUAGUGAGGGGUGUAAUGAACGUUAACGUGAAUAUGCGAGUUGGAAUACAUACAGGACGAGUGCACUGUGUCGUUUUGGGUCUGAGAAAAUGGCAGUUUGAUGUGUGGUCUAAUGAUGUUACCUUAGCCAAUUAUAUGGAAAGCGGUGGCAUUCCAGGGAGAGUCCAUAUAACAAAGGAAACAUUAAAAUGCUUAGGGAGCGAUUACGUUGUUGAACCCGGACAUGGGGGAGAGAGAAAUUCAUACUUAAAAGAUCACAACAUCGACACAUUCUUAAUUGUGGCCCCUUCGUAUAGGGAAGCUCAGGGCAACCCUUACCAAAGUCAUUCUAUGAACGGAAACGUCGGUAAGGAAAUGCGAAUUAUGGGCCACGGAUCUCUACACGGGCACUCCACAAAGCCGUUUAGCGAACCGACGGAGACGAGAGAAAAAAAUCCCGAAGAUGAAGUUAACGAGUACCUAAUGAAAGCCAUCGACGCCAGAAGUAUCGACAGGCUAAGAACCGAACACUGUCGCACCCUUUUGCUCAACUUUCGGGAUCCCGUGAAAGAAGGAAAGUACGCCCUGGAGAGGGAUCGUAUGCUUACCCUGUACUUUUUUUGCUCGACAAUUUGUUUCGCCGCCAUAAUACUAGUGCAAAUAGCGAUAUUCAAGAGCAACGAAACGGCUAUGUUCUGGUCAGUUCCUAUUGUUUUUCUUCUAGUCAUUAUCCCGGUUUUAGUUUACAUGGAGAGUAGUAAUCAAGCGAGGCGGACUCAGUCUAAAGUGUAUGCGGUGACAAGAAUGAUCCACCGAAACCGAAAUAUAGCACAAGUGUUCUGCAUCAUCAUGGCCGUUUGUAUUUAUUCCCUCGUGAUGCUUCAAUCGCUGUCGCUUUCUGAGGAAAUCCACUGUCUUAAUUCGACAAGCAUCGAGCUCAAUUGCACCAAUUCCGCUUCCUUAAUAGGUGCUGCCGACAAUAAAGACUGCAAACCCUUUUAUCUAGUUGACAACCUCCUACUUUUGGUACUAAUAUCGAUGAUUGCCUGUGCCGUUUACCAGAUAUUAAUAUCCUUAUUGAAGACAAUCAUUUUGCUUACCGGUAUGGCCGGCUUUUUAACGGUUUAUUUGAAGUACUCGAAAGACGUGGACAACAUUUAUCGAACAACUUGUCUUCAAAAAUUCAGCGACAAUGAUACUCUAACGCAGCAUUAUAUGAACAUAGUAAUUUUAGUAGGAUUUGUAAUUGCCCUUAUUCUACACGGGCAACAAACGGAAGCCACGUACAGAUUGGAUUUCGUCUGGAAAUUACAAGCCACGGAGGAGAAAGAAGACAUGGAACAUUUGGAAGCGUACAACCGUAAAUUAUUGGCCAAUAUUUUGCCCGUUCACGUUGCGGAACACUUUUUGAACACGGACAAAAAUAACGACGAACUCUACCACGAACAGUGCGAUUUCGUAUGCAUUAUGUUCGCGUCGAUUCCAAACUUCUCGGAGUUCUACGUGGAGCUCGAGGCGAACAACGAAGGGGUCGAAUGUCUUCGACUGCUGAACGAAAUCAUCGCGGACUUUGACGAAAUGCUUUCCGAGGACCAGUUCAAAUACAUCGAGAAAAUUAAGUCGACCGGAGCAACGUACAUGGCCGCCUCGGGUCUCACUCAGAAGACGUGCGAUAUGCAGGGUUACCGCCACGUGACCGCGAUGGCGGACUACGCCUUGCGCUUAAAGGAACAAUUGGCCGAAGUCAACGAACAUUCGUUCAAUAAUUUUCGCAUUCGGAUCGGCAUUAACGUGGGUCCGGUGGUUGCAGGAGUAAUCGGCGCCCGAAAACCUCAAUAUGACAUUUGGGGAAACGCUGUCAACGUAGCGUCCAGGAUGGACAGCACAGGAGUAUGUGACAAAAUCCAGGUGACCAAAGAAGUGUAUCAAAUCCUCAACCAAAAAGGGUACUCGCUCAGUUGCAGAGGUACGAUCGACGUGAAAGGGAAAGGUUCGAUGGAAACGUACUUUUUGGAAGCCAAGCCGAACAAAGCCGCUACAAACAUCACCAUUAACCCGUUGACCGUUUCACAAUCGAUGACCACUUCCGUAUUGGACACAAUUUCCGAAAAGAAUUAAUUUUGGCGCCCACUGAACAACGUGAACAAAUGAGACUAAGAGUUUGCAAAAAAAUUUUGUUUGGGUAAACGAUGUGAGAACAAAUCUUCAGUUUCGGUUACGACAACGAACGGAAGGAUGAGAAUUUUAUUCUUAUUCUUGUCGGAUUAGAUAUGGCUACUUCAAUUUCUAGUACAAGGUCAUCUGCAAUUGCAAAAUAAAGGCCUCAAAAAAGUUCCGAUGGACCUACUGAGAUCAUUUUUGUGGUCAAUUAUGUGUGGUCCAAUACGGACACGAAUGACAACUUAGCGACUUAAUUUUUAUAACAUUCCUCCCGCCGUUUCUGUACUCUGCAUGCCCAAUGAGAAUAUAGCAAAAUUUCUCUCUUACUCGCUCCCAAUUUGGUUCCACUUUGGACUACCUACCUAUUUUGCGAAAGAGCUUUAUGGUUGUGAUAAUAGAUGAAUUAUUGUUUGAAGUGAAGACGGAAAAUUCAAGAUGCUUAUUUGUUAAAUCAGAAUACUCUUGUAUAUACUUACUCUUAAGUUUAUUUUUAUGUAUAUAUAAUUUUUUAAUAAAAUGUUAAGCUCGU